AUGAGCUGGUUGAAAAAAUUUGAGGAGCAUGGCUAUGCAGUUGUGGAGGACGUAUUCACAACGGAAGAAGUAAUGGAAAUGAAAGCGGAGAUCGAGCGUGUGAUCGAUGGAAUUGAUUUCGAUCGUCACCCAAAGAGUGUUUUCUCGACCUACGAUGAAGAUAAGCAUACUGUUGAUGAAUAUUUUCUCAACAGUUCUGAUAAGAUUAGAGUUUUCUUCGAAGAAGGUGCUUUCGACGGAGAUGGAAAACUUGCCGUGGAACGACAUAAGGCUUUGAAUAAGAUCGGUCAUGGGCUACAUCUGAAGAAUGCUGUUUUCAAACGUAUGUCGUUGCAUCCCAAAAUCAAGCAGUUGUUCAAGGAUAUAAAGUACGAAGAGCCGAAAAUAGUGCAAAGCAUGUACAUAUUCAAGCAGCCAAAAAUUGGUGGUGCAGUUACUGAUCAUAUUGAUGCUACUUUCUUGUACGUGGAACCAAUAGAUCAUCUGGUUGGGAUUUGGAUAGCUGUGGAUGACGCAAACGAAGAGAACGGCUGUUUAGCCUUCAUACCAGGAAGUCAUAAGAGAAGCUCUGUUGAUUAUCGUUUCGUGCGUACUCAUAAAACAGAUGGUAGCCCUCUGCUGAAGUUCAACGGCACUCGUCCUACAUACGACCAAACAAAAUUUGUGAACGUUCCAAUCAAGAAAGGGUCACUUAUAAUUAUCCACGGUUUGGUUGUUCAUAAAAGUGCUCCAAACUUGUCACAGAACAGUCGACAUGCGUACACUUUACACGUAAUGGAAGGCAGAAAUACUAAAUGGAGUGAGGACAACUGGCUGCAAGAGACCGAUAAACACAAAUUUAUGGAGAUGUUCGAGAAGUCGAGGAUCGAUCAUCAUGAACCGAAGCAACCAUCUAUGUAA